UCUCGCGGGCGCCGUCGCGUCGCUCGGCGCGCGGGCCGCGGCCGGCGGCGCGCCGCGGCACGUCGACGUCGCCGCCGCGGCCCUCGUGGACAUCUGCCGAGCGGGCGCGGGCGGCGACGUCUCGCGGGAAGCGCUCGGCGCGCUGCUGCGGUCCUUUGGCCCGCGGUCGUCGCUCGCGGUCGCGGCGGCCGUCGCCGAGGCCUGGGCCGUCGUCGCGGACGCCGACGCGGCGCCGGGCUUCCUCGUCGCCUGCUGCGGCCGCCGGAGCUUCCGCCACGUCGCCUACGACGACGACGCCGCCGGCGACGACGACGACGCCGUGGAGCGGGACGUCCUCGGCGACGCGUUGCGGGUCGCGGCGGUCGCGGCGCGCGACCGCGACGGCGCGCUGCUGGCGGUGCUCGCGACGCCGGAGCCCCUCGCCGCGCUCCACGUCUACCGCGCUGUCGCGCGGAGCGUCGGCCUCUCGGCGCCGGUCUUCGACGGCCUGCUCCGGGUCUUCGCGCGCGUCGCGGCGCUGCCCGACGGGCCGGACGCGCGGCCCUACGCGGUGUCGUGCUGCCUGGCCAUGUCCGCCGCGCCCGACGCGCGCUUCGGCGACGCCGCGGCCCAUUUCCUCGCGCGGAGCGACGCCGUCGUCGCGCGCUUCGGGGCCAUCGCGCUCAUGCACGCGACGGAGACCGCGGACGCGCGGCUCCCGAGCGACGGCGCGCUGCGGCUCUGCCGCGCCGUCGCGGCGGCGCCGCGGGCGAGCGAGUUCCGGCGGCCGGGCCAGGAGAGCGUGCGGACGCUCGCGACGCGCGCGCUCGCGAACGCGGCGCGGAAGGCGGGACCCGACGCGGUCGCGGCGCUCCUCGGCGCCGCGCUCGCGGCCGUCGACGGCGCCGCGAACGCCGAAGGGCUGGCCGUCGCCCUGUUGAACGUCGCGGUCGUCGCCGCGGCGUCGCCGCGGGGCGCCGCGGACGCCGCGGCGCCGCGCGCCGCGGACGCGCUCGUCGCGCUCGCGCGCGCGCCCGAGGAGGAGGCGGAGGACGACGACGACGACGACGACUCGGACGCCGACGACGACGCGGUCCCGGCGAGCGCGACGGCGCGCGCGGCGCGCGCCGCGGCGCACGUCUUCGCGGCGGUGCUGAGCCCGGGCUGGACGGACGCGGCGCCGAAGCGGCAGCGCCGGUGCUGCGACGCCGCCGGGGGCGCGAGCGACGCCGUGCUCGAGGCCGCGACGGCCGCGGGCCUCGAGGCCGCCGCGGGGGCCCUCGAGGCCGCGCCGCCGGCGCCGGCGCCGCGCCGGCGCGCCGCCGCGUCCAAGAAGCGCGUCGUCGACGACGCCGACGCGGACGACGAGGACGAGGCCUGGGAGCCGGGCCGGCCGUCGAACAUGGACCUCGACGACGACGAGCAGGAGCAGGCCGCGAAGGCCAAGCGCAAGCUCAAGCGCCGCUCCAAGAAGAAGUCGGCCAAGGCCAAGAACGCCGGCGGCGCCGCGCCCCACGCGCCGGUCUCCGCGCCGCCCGCGGCCGCGGCCGCCGCGCCGCCCGAGCCCUCGACGACGAUCGCGCCCGCGGCGACGCAGCCGGUCCCGGCCCCGGCCGCGGCGGCCGCGCCGCCCCCGCGCCCGCUGCCCAAGAUCCGCGUCUUCCCGCAGCUCUCCGAGGUCCAGAAGGCGCGCCUCCGCAUGAAGGACCAGGAGCACAUCCGGCGCGCGGCGCGGCUCCACGCGGCCGUCACGCAGGAGCAGGAGCGCAACGCGUUCCUGGAGCGCAUCCAGGCCGAGGAGGUCCGCCGCGAGCAGGCCCGCAUCGCGGCCGCGCGGCCCGUGCCGCCGCCGCCGAACCGCGCGACCGGCGCGGGCGACGACAGCGACGAGGGCUGGGAGGAGAGCGACGAGGACGAUCCCGUCGAGGACCUCAUCCACCGCGAGCGCAUCCGCGAGCGCGACCUGCUGCGGACGCCCGGCUGCCUCGCCCUCGGCCGCAAGGCCUUCCGCCUCGAGGACAUGCCGCGCGUCACGGAGCGCGACCGCGAGAUCCUGCGGCGCGUCCUCUACAUCCUCCGCGAGGCCGAGCGGCGCAACUGCGGCGAGCUCGAGGUCCCGCGGCCGCGGGAGUGGGCGCUCUCCGACUUCGGCGACACGAUGACGACGGAGGCGAUCCGCGCGCGCUUCGACCUGCGGCGCGACAACCCGCGUCUUUUUUC